AAGAAUCAGCCUUUAACAUGUGGUGCUUUCUUUAGACAACACAUGCCCUUAACCACCAGAAUUUUUUUUUUUUUUUUCUCAAAUUCUAACGUUUCAGUUGUUUUCUUGAUGCUCAACUGCCAUGUCUUUGCCCAUGUGUAGCCUUCAACCUCAAUUCGCAUUGUAUGUACAACAGAGAAGAGUCUUAGUUAGAAAUCUUCAUGAAAGAUUGCAUUUUGGCCCCAAACCAAAGACCCAAUUCUUGUUUUCUGAACAUUCGUCUAAAAAGAGAUUUGGGUUUGUUACUCCGGUGAAAUCUGCUUCUGUUAAUGGAUAUCCAUUGCAUGAUAAUUAUUCAAAAGAGCGGGGUUUGGAAGGGGAGGAUGCGGAGUUGGGUGAGAAAUUCCGGAAAUGGGUUGGGUUGGCUCGGGAUUUUUUGCCCGGGGGAAGCUGGUGGAGGCUCUCGUCGGAGGAUGCGAAGGUGGAAAUGGCGGCGGAGCCAGUGACUGUAAUCCGAGCGCUUCAGAAGAUGUGGGAAUUGAUAGCUGAAGAGAGGUGGCUUAUCUUUUCGGCUUUUGCUGCACUCAUUGUGACUGCUUUAUCUGAGAUAUCAAUUCCACACUUCCUCACGGCAUCAAUCUUUUCGGCAAAAAGUAGUAGUGUUCCAGUGUUCUACAGGAACGUGCGCAUUUUAGCUGUGCUAAGCAUAGUUGCAGGAGUUUGCAGUGGGGUUCGAGGUUGUUUCUUUGGCAUUGCAAAUAUGAUCCUGGUCCAACGAAUGAGAGAAAAAUUAUACUCAACUCUUCUUCGUCAGGACAUCUCCUUUUUUGACUCUGAAACAGUUGGUGAUUUGACGAGUAGGCUUGGGGCAGAUUGUCAGCAAGUAUCGCGUGUAAUUGGAAAUGACCUUAAUCUAAUACUACGCAAUCUUCUUCAGGGAAUUGGCGCACUGGCUUACUUAUUGAUUUUGUCGUGGCCUCUUGGCUUGUGCACGCUAGCAAUCUGCUCUACCAUAUUAAUCUUAUUGCUAUUAUAUGGACGGUACCAGAAGAAAGCGGCUAAUUUGAUUCAAGAGUACACUGCUUCUUCCAACGAGGUUGCUCAAGAGACACUUUCUCUGAUGAGGACUGUGCGAGUAUAUGGAACAGAGAAACUAGAACUUCGAAGAUAUUCAAAGUGGCUGGGUAAAUUAGCUGAUAUAAGCAUGCGACAAAACGCUGCAUAUGGAUUUUGGAACUUUAGCUUCAACACUCUCUACCACUCAAUGCAGGUUAUUGCUGUCCUAGUAGGAGGAAUGUUUAUACUGGCUGGCCAUAUAUCAGCAGAGCAACUUACAAAAUUCAUCUUAUACAGCGAGUGGCUUAUCUAUUCCACGUGGUGGGUGGGGGACAACGUGUCAUCACUAAUGCAGUCCGUUGGGGCAAGUGAAAAGGUUUUUCGCUUAAUGGAUCUUGAACCAAGCAGUCAGUUAAUUGCCAAAGGAUUGAAGUUACAAAGAUUGUCAGGUCAAAUUGAAUUUAAGAAUGUUUCCUUUUGCUACCCUUUUAGGACAACGGUGCCAGUACUGCAACAGAUAAACUUCACAGUGCAUCCUGGCGAAGUUGUAGCAAUUGUUGGUCUUAGUGGUAGUGGGAAAAGCACUUUGGUGAGCCUUCUUCUCCGCCUUUAUGAGCCAACGAGUGGCCAGAUAUGUGUUGAUGGAUACCCAGUUAAAGACCUGGACAUUAAGUGGUUCAGAGAGAGGAUUGGCUAUGUGGGACAGGAACCUCGGCUUUUCCGCACGGAUAUCAGUUCAAACAUAAAAUACGGUUGCACUCGGAAUAUUAGUCAGGAGGAUGUGGAAUGGGCUGCGAAGCAGGCCUUUGCUCAUGAUUUCAUUUCGUCUCUGCCCCAGGGCUACCAAACUCUUGUUGAUGAUGAGUUGCUCAGUGGGGGACAAAAGCAGAGAAUAGCAAUUGCUAGAGCCCUUCUUCGAGACCCCGACAUUUUAGUUCUAGAUGAAGCUACUAGUGCUCUAGAUGCGGAGAGUGAGCACAACGUCAAGGGCACCCUUCGCGCAGUCAGAAGAGACUUGAACACAAAGAGAACUGUCAUAGUAAUUGCGCACAGACUUUCUACAAUUCAAGCUGCUGACAGGAUAGUGGUCAUGGAUAGUGGAAAUAUCAUUGAGAUGGGCAACCACAGCGAGCUGCUUCUCCGUGAUGGCUUGUAUGCACGAUUAACUAAACGACAGGCCGAUGCUGUGGCGUGAAGUAAAGAGCGAAGUUGAGCGUCAAAGGUUUCUGGUACGUCUUGACAUCUCAUCCUCCUUCGUAUACUACUCCGUUGCAAGAUUGCUUCACGACCGUGUAUACUACCGGCAUAAACCCAAAUACAUUUACUAGAAUUCUGUUUAGCGGAGAAAGGAGGUGUGCCUAGAUUGACUGAAUUAGCUGCAGAGCUUGCUGUUUUUAACAAUCAGGUUCAGCAGAGUAUUUAGCAUUCAUAUUUUGAUAAUUUUUAACAUUAUUUGUUUCUUGAUCAACUUUUUUAAGGAUCACCAAGCCUGUAAAAUUCGAAAAAAAUUACUAGUGUACAUUUUUCUAUACGAAAAACCCUCUUCUUUUUGUUCCAAAAAGCGCAGUUUGUUUACAAGAAAUAUAUAAUUUACAGUGAUUUUGUUUC